UCUCUUGCUCUAUUAUAACUAAAUAGACAACUUAUCAGAACCAGAAAAUUGGAACCCAGAGAGAGAAGAAGAAGAAGAAGAAGAAGAAGAAAAGAGGUUUUUAUUUUAUUUUCAUGGAGGCUGCAGCUUUGCCCAAGGAAGAGGAUAGAGUCCAAUCCAGUGGAGGAGAUGAAGAAGAAGCUGCCACCAAAAAAGAUGUUCUUCACAAGGUCCCAUUUAUGGCGGACUUGGAAAAGCCCUCGGUUGCAUCAGCUUCUUCAAGUUGGAAGCAAGAGGAAGAAAGAAUAAAAAUGGCGAAAGCAGAAAUGAGGGAAGUGAAGGAAGAAAACGAGAGGCUAAAGAAGUGUUUGGAUGAGAUAGUGAAGGAUUACGAGAGGCUGAAAAGGCAGUUCCAGGAGAUUAAUCAGAAUCAGAAUCAGAGAUCAGAAGGCAAACAAACCAGUGCAAGUACCAUCAUCCAUGAUCAUGAGGUUGAAGAAGUUGACGACAUGGUUUCAUUGACAUUGGGAAGAUUCUCGUCAACAUCAACCCAUCACAACAACAACAACAUAAUAUCCUCACAGAGAUCAUCAAACUUGUUAUUGGAUCACAAAAGGGUUUCAUUGACUGGUAGCUCCGAAAGAAAUCAAACCCCAUCAAAUGAUCUCGUCGUUCAAACUCCGCCCGACAGCGAGCCUAAAGAGGAAGACGCUGGACAGACUUGGCCCCCGAGUAAAGCCUUGAAGACCACUUUGCCACCGCCGCCAGCAGAAGACGAAGUUUCUCAACAGAAUCCUCCCAAGAAAGCUAGGGUUUGUGUCAGAGCUCGAUGCGAUACUCCAACGCUGAACGAUGGUUGUCAAUGGAGGAAAUAUGGACAGAAAAUUGCAAAAGGAAAUCCUUGCCCCAGAGCUUAUUAUCGUUGCACUGGUGCACCCACAUGUCCUGUUAGGAAACAAGUACAAAGGAGUAUUGAUGAUAUUUCUAUAUUAAUCACCACCUAUGAAGGGACUCACAACCACCCUCUACCUGUUUCAGCCAUGGCCAUGGCUUCCACCACCUCUGCGGCGGCCUCGAUGCUCCUCUCGGGCCCUUCCUCCUCGUCCACCUCCCGGCCCGGCAUCGGCCUUAACCCGCCGUCGGUUGCCAAUCACUUGUAUCUCUCUAACAACUCAAUUAACAAUCCAAAGCAAUUGUACUUCCCAAACUCUUCACUCCUCUCUUCUAAUUCUCUCAACCAUCCCACAAUCACCUUAGACCUCACUUCAUCUUCAACUUCAACUUCUUCAUCUCCUUUCCAUAAGAUCCCUUCGACUUAUCCCCCAAAAUAUCCCUUCACCAGCCUUGAUUUUGGCUCUUCCCAAUCCAACUUAAUGUCUUGGAACAAUGGUGGCCUAAUUGUCAAUAACAAUCAACCUUAUAAUCUAACCAAGAAUAAUAGUGCAAUAGGAAUGUCAUCAUCAGACCUUACCAAACAACUGCCUCUCUCUAGUAACAUCUACCAAGCCUGCCUUCAGCACAUGAACAAAACUUCAACUCCGGCACCACCACCGGAGACGAUAGCAGCAGCAACGAAGGUAAUUACGUCGGACCCGAACUUCCAGUCCGCGUUGGUGGCUGCCAUCAGCUCGAUCAUCGGCGGGGAAAACGGCGGGGAGAUGAGUAGCUAUGUGUGUGCAUCAUCAGCAAGUUUGUUGAGCAAAACGCCUUCAGGGACAAGUUCUCAACAGGGAAGUAUGGGGUUUCAGCCACCAGCUGCUGUUUCCAAUUCCAAGACUCCUUCUUCAUCUCCGGGAGACAGUAGAGACAAUAAUACCAAGUGAACAUCCUAUCAUCAAACAGUUAAUCAUUGAGCACUUCUUUUGUAAAUACCUCAUCAACAAUUAAGUUUUCUCCCAGCUUCUAUUCUUUUUAUUUUCGUUUUUUUUCCUUUUCCAAGAUUGAAGAACAACUUUUUUUUUUCAGCCAUUGGUCUCAACAAGAGAUGUUCAUACAUAUAGACAAUUUUUGGUAUGGGGAAUUCAUCCAUUGAUUUUCAUCA